AGUUGGACAGAAGCUCAGAAAUCAUGUGACCAAUGACUAAGUUAAAUCUUUUCUGCUUACUGAAAGGAAAGAGUCUGAUGAUUACUUACUGAUUCUCCUUGCGUUUUUAAAGUUUUGGGGAUAUUGAAUCAUGUUUCCAUUUAUACUUUUUUCUACUCUGUUUUCUUCCACCUUCACUGAACCUGGGGAGCUACAGUGGAUCUGCAACUCUUCUGAUUCCAGUGUUUGGUAUUCCCACUGUGAUAACAUGAAAGUCCCUAUCUCAAUAGCUAUUCAACCCUGUAUGUCAAUGAAGGGAAGCCGGGGAUACUUGCAUCUUUCCUUCAUUCCAAGAAGAGAUAUUAAAAAGUUAUAUUUCAAUCUCUAUUUAUCCAUAAACUCCAUGGAUUUGCCAGUGCGCAAAGAAGUUAUUUGCCGGGGAUCUGAUGAUGUUUAUUCUUUUUGCAGAGCUCUGAAGGGAGAGACUGUGAAUACAACAGUAGGCUUCUCCUUCAGGGGAAUACGAUUUUCUAAGGGACAAUACAGAUGUGUUGCAGAAGCCAUCACUGGAAAUACUGAAGAAAUGCUCUUUUGUCUGAAUUUUACUGUCAUACAUGACCCUAAUUUCAAUUAGAAUAAAUGGAGUAUAUUUUUAUUUUUCAAAA